UAAUUCGUAUCAAAAACUUUGUAUAUAUCAAUUUAUUAAAUCUUUCGUAUCAUUUUAUUUUUAAUACGAACUUUUUCGUAUCAUCAAAAUUACAAGUUCGUAUAAAGUUCGAAUCAUUUAAAAUAAACUUUGUAUGUAGUUCGUAUCUUUUUUAAAGAAGUCCAUAUAAUAGUUUGCUAAUACGAAGUUCGUUUAUUAUAAUUGGACUAUUAUCUAUAGUCUUAAUAUUGAAAUUUUUUCAACAAUUAUAAAGUUCGUUUCGUUAUAAGAACUUUGUUUAUUUUAAUUGGAUUUAUUAUUUAAGAUCUUUAGGGAUCGUCUCCACGGCAUUGUAGAAAGCGAAAAGAUCGCCAUAGAUCGUUUAAAAAUCAUGAAAACGGCAUUGUAGAAGCUUAGAGAUCGCCAUAGAUCAAACAUGAAAACGUGAUCGUAGAAAACGAAAAGAUCGCCGUAUAUUGUUUAAAAAUCAUAAAAACAGCAUCGUAGAAGCUAAGAGAUGGCCGUAGAUUGUUUAAAAAUCAUGAAAACAGGAUCGUAGAAUACGAAAAGAUCACCCUAUAUUGUUUAAAAAUCAUAAAAACGGCAUCGUAGAAGCUAAGAGACCGCCGUAGAUUAUUAAAAAAUCAUGAAAACAGGAUCGUAGAAAACGAAAAGAUCGCCGUAUAUCGUUUAAAAAAUCAUAAAAAUGGGAUCUUAGAAAACGAAAAGAUCGCCAUAUGUCGUUUAAAAAUCAUAAAAACAGGAUCGUAGAAAAUCAAAAGAUCGCCGUAGAUCGUUUAAAAAUCAUGAAAACGGGAUCGUGGAAAACAGAAAGUUUAAAGUUCGUAUAUAUUAUUUCUUUUCGUAUUUAAAAAAAAUUUGUUUAAUUAUUUUGUUUCUGGUUUCGUAUUGUAAUAAUUAUGUGCAAUUACGCCGGUACUUUUGAAGUUUGUUUCAAGAUCGUAUAGCAAUUUACUUUGUUCAAAGUUCGUAUCAUUUCAUUUUGUAUGAUAAAAAACUUCGUUUAAGUUCGUAUCAUAUAUUAAAAAAGAUUGUAUAAACUUCGUUUACAUUUUUUAUUUUAAACAAAGCACUUCGUAUGACAUUCGUUUAACAAAACGAAGUACUUCGUAGCGUUCGUAUAAUUAUACGAAAAAAACAUACAAACAUUUUGAGACAAUCCCUUAGCUGCUUUCAGACUCUGUUUUGAUAACAAUAACGGUAAUUCAUAAUCGACAGCAUCAGUAAGAAAAUUGGCUUGCAUUCCAUUUAUAUUAACAGGGAUAUUAAAUUGUUUAACUGAGGGGAAGCUUCUGUUGAUCUUCUAUCUAGGCGAUUACUAAUAAGAAUCAUUUGGUGGCGGGGUUUUAAUUGUGUUGAACCAGUAUCAUUGGUAAUUCGUUGUGUUUAGUUAAAGUGGUGUGCCAUAGUGUUGAGUUGAAUCAAUCACACUAAUUUAGCGUUGCAUUAUACACAGGAAAGAACUAUUGCGAAGAUAACCUACAGGUUAGUCUUACAUAUAUAUAUUCCUAAUUAACAGGUUCCACCUGGCCCAAAUUUAAAGGACUUGUUACUCUUACUUUCAGCUAAAGCUGUCCCUUCUGGCAAAGUAUCUAUGUAACAGUCAAGCUAAUUUUUACCACAAACUGUCAUUGAACAUCCUGAGUCUAGUAGAGCACAAUUCAAAGACUCAGACACGACUUGCUCCAUAAAGCAUUGUUCCACACCCUUUGCAAAAAACUGCACAUGUACUUCAUUCUGUCCUUUGCUUCCUUUAUUCUUAUCAGAAAUGUCAUUCAUGAAAUGCAUUAUAGAUUUGCAAUAGUGACAUUGCAAUGGAUGUCCAUCAGGACCAUUAGGGUUAUACUGGCUUCUUUUAGCACUGAAAUAUUUACCGCCUCUGCCACGUCUACGAGAGUUCAAAUUGUUAAAAUGUCGUCUGUCAAACACUUGGCCAUAUAAUACUUCUUGCUCAACACCAAUAUCAUUACUGUCUCUACUACUUUCACUUUGAGCAUAUUGAUCAUAAAUGGCUUUUAUCUGUUUUUCAUAGAGUCAUACGUGAGGAAAGAAGCCAUAGCACGUGUUAGUUCACGUGUAGCUUUCGCUAAAUCUGCAUUUUUUAGUAGUUGAUAUGCAAGAACUGCAGUUGGUAACUCAUUUUUGAAACUCUUAAGUUUUUGAUUCAGCUGUUUAAAUUCAUUUACAUAAUCACCAAUCAACAUUGUCUUGGAACGGUGAAAGGUCUAAAAUUUUUCGUAAGCAUCGAACAUUGCCUAAUCUUCAGUAAUACAAUAAAGUUCUUUUAAUUUAGUAAAGGGGAACUGCACGCAAAAAUUAUAUUGUUACUACUACCAUAAGAAAACGAAUUGAACUAGUUUUAAUGUUUCAUAUGACUUCCAAGUGUCAACAAUACGAACCUUAUCAUCCCAAAAUACAGCUAGAAAUCCGUACCCCCAAUUCCGUAAAAAAAAAUGAGACAAAUGUGAUGUGUGACGUUGCAAACUGCGGAAAGCGCAAUUCUAUGCAGUGGCUGGUUUAUUAAAACAACAAAUUUUUAAAUCGUUUAUAGUUUUAAUAAAAUAUAUCUUAUAUACCUACUAGCAAUUCCUUCUUAUUUUAUGCUAAAUAUGCCAAGUUGCUCAGCUUUCGGUGGAACUAGUCACUACACGUUUAAGAAAGACCUUAGUUUUCAUAAGAUACCUUUAGAAAAUUUGAACAGCACACUUCUUAAAAAAUGAUUGCAAGCGAUUGAAAGAGAAGGGUCUUUACCAAAAGAUUCUGGUUUUAAAUCUGCUCAAAACACUUCACUGACGAUUGUUUCCAGAGGGAUAUGAUAGUAAGACAAAGUUCAUGUGGAUUUCUUGAAUGCAAAAAAUAAAGUUUUCUUUGUAUUUGCGUAUAUUCGCUGGUCAUUAAAUCCACGCCAUUGCAUAAUUUAAGUUCACUUUUAUUUUACUAAUAUUCUUUUACUCGUUUGUUCCCUUUUUCCAUUUUUAAAUUUAUAAAUUUAAUACUUUAAAGUUAAAUUUUCAUCCUGCUCGGCAAAUUUUUGUUGUUUUUGUUUUGCGCGAAUAAAAAUCUAAUUUCUGACAGGGAUUAAACAUAUUACUUUGCUAGAGUGAGCUAAUGGGUGAACCAACAUUUCGAACAUUACACGAAAGUAAAGCAUUUUCUGGAAAUAGUGUUCUUGUUCCUGUUGCUGUCCCGACGAUUUUUGUAUUUACUUCAGAGACUAAAAAAAUUGUCCCUUACCUCCUGAAUUAUUUCUCAUUUAAUAUGCAAACUUUCCAAGGUGAGGUCUAUCACACAAAAGAAUUAAAAAAAAGAAUGGGCUACUGUUCUCCUUUGUCCAUACAAUUUCAUUUUUUAAAAUUUCAUUUUUUAAAAUUAUAACGGUUUAUCAACAGGAGAGGGACAAUGCAUCAAAAGUCUUUCAAAGAAGCAUCAAAGUUUUUUUAUGAAGACUGUUUGUUCGUUUGAGGAAAAUUGUUGGUUAUCGUUGUUUUUUGACAAACAAGAAAGGUUUAUUUUUGGUAUAUACUUAGUUAUUUUGGUUCUUGUUUAUUGAAAAAUAAGUUACAACAAAUCGUAAUGUCUCCUCUUCUUUUCAAUGUGUUUUCUUGGAGGCCUCUCUGCGGUUUGCUACUUGUCGCACUUUGCAACGUCAUUUUUGUUACUAUUUCCAGUCUUCUUGUUUUUACGCGGUCCGUUGAAAAAAGGCAUAUUUCUGGCAAAGAAAUUGUUUUUAUUGAGGUAAAAACAGACAUAAUUAAGUUGUACUUUUAUUGCCCAUUUUUGACAAUAUAUCAAAAAAUAAUUUUUGCGUGUAGUUCCCCUUUAACAAGUUUAUUUAAACCAUCUUUAAACAAUUCUUCUUUCGUUAAGGCUGAACAUGCCUGACGUACGAAUUUAAACUUAAAUAAACAACUAGCCCUUGUUUCUUCUUUGGAAGUUCUGUAACUACUUCCCAUAUUUCCAGAUCAUGUACCCAUGGAUCAAAAUCCUCAACUUCAGAAAAUUGGAGCAAUCCAUACUUUUGUUCCAGUUGCCCUCUUCUUAACUAGCCUUUGCUACCAGAAUGUAAACAGAUCUUUAUUCUUAAUUAUGGCAUAAAGCCGUACAUCUAAACUUAAGAGAUAAUGAACAUAAUGACAAAUUUUAGUGGCGAAAGUGAAAGAUUUUAAGUACCCGCUAACUGGGGAAUAUGUAGAUGACUUUGAAAAUAUCUUUGAAAUGUUGGGGAUCGAAAAAGACAAGAAUGGCGAAGAUGAAGAUGAAGAGCAUGAGAUUAAAGAUGUGGAAUUUUUAGCUUUAAUAUAUAUAAAAUAUUGCUUGUAAGGACUUUUUUUGAUUCAUUAGAAAGAAGAAAAGAACACUUCAUCUCUCUGUUUUAUGUUUUGUUGACCGCUUUAUAGAUUAAAAAGAAGAUCUUGAAAUCAUAUAAUUAUAUUUUUGAACAGCAUUUUGCAAAAUAUACAUAUAAGAAAAGAUGCGUUUAAACAUACAGAUGUUUUUUUCAACGUGAACCAUAAUUAACGGAAGAGAAAUCUAUGCAGGUAUGAAAUUAAGAUGGUUUUAAUAAUGCGAAAUUUUCAAUUUUGGGCUAAUUAUUUGACUGGUUAUUUUCGUGUAAUAAGGUAAUAUUGAUAAAAUCAGGACAGUUUGUUGCAUUUUGGUAAACCUUGGUGAUGGAAUUAUCUACAAUGAAAAAGAAGAUCAAUAACCAAUUGAAAAAUGGUAAUUAAUUAAACGGUUAUUUAUGUAGCCACAAAUACGAAAAAACAUUAAAAUGAAUGGCAUAUUUUCUGCGAGAAUACAAUUUCACUAAAAAAAAUUAUGACAAAACUUGUUAGUGUUAAACUAACCUAGUCAGGGUAUGUACCAACAAGUUAUUGAAACUGUAUUAUUUAGCAAGUAAGUAAGAAAAAAUAGGUAAAAAAUUAAUGUAUAAAACAAAAAUAGUCUUGCUGAAAAAUUAUUGCCAUUUACAUGUGACAGCAUCACAACCAAUCCUAAUUCCUGAUAUACUUACUGAAACAAUAACAAAAUGAAGUUUUAACAGAUAAAUAAGUGGAAGACGCAGAUUAAAUUGCAUCUGAAUUUUUCAAUUUAUGUGUAAGAAGUAUUCUGGUGAGUGCCAUAAAACCCUUUUAAAAAGGUAAGCAUAAAUGUAAUAAAUGUGAUAUCCUUUUUUACCAGCACUUGAUGUAACCACUUUUGUGUCCAGAUAACAAGGUAAAAACUCUCAGCAUCAAAAACGUGCAUCUGCAAUUGUAUUUGUGCAUAAUAACGAUGGUUGGUUUUCAAACAGUCAAGACAGCAGUUGGAAUCUGUUAAUGUAUCUUCCAGCAAUAAGGUGUUUUUAUGGGAAAAUGGCACUUCACCUCAACCGUCACCUUCUCAUUGUGGCAUUGACAAGUAAACAGACCAUCUGCAAAGGCACCAGUUCAAAUGCAAAUACUAUUCCUGAUCCAUUGUUGGUUUCUGUUAAUUGAUAUUUGAUUCUAUGCCAUACAGCUGGCGUAUGAAGUUUGCACAUGUGUAUAUAUUUUGAAACAUAUUCAGGAUAGCCACUUCAGUGUUGGAAACACUGUUACCAAUGUGUUUCUGAAUUUAUAUAUACACCGCAUUGCCUACCCAAUUUCCCUCACAUGGCAUGUUGUCUCUUCUUUUAGGAAAAUUGUUUAUGCUUUAUAAUAUAAGUCCAACAUCAUUUUAUACCUCAGGUUCCCUUUAAAUAUGGGUCGAGCAAACAAGUGUCACUUUAGCAAAAAAAUUAUGUUUAUCAAUCCACCUUUAUAAUAUCUAUACAUUCAUAAAGUUUGAAUGAAAAUCCCUUACAGGUGUAAAAUUAAUGAUGACAGAAAAUGUCAAAAUUUGCUAUUACUUAAAAAUGCAGCAUAAUUAAAUCUGAAAUUCUUUAAAUGUGAAUAUUUUGAGAAUGAAAAGAGCUUUUUAAAUAAUUUUAAAAGUCUUGUUUACGAACUUUUUAUGCUCUAUAUUUUAAGUCCAACAUUAUUUUAUACCUCAGGUUCCUUUUUAUCUUGAGAACCAAAGCUCACAAAUAUAAAAAAAAUAACACAGUUUAUAUUCACAUUAUAACAAACGUUUUAAGUACAACUUAUUAUCAAUUGAUACUUCUUCUUUUUGUAGACUGCACAAAAGCAAUUUUCUAAGUGUACACCAAACUUUGAUAUUUGGCAUCAAAAAGUAUUCUCUAGAACAAGAGUUAAAGUACAAAUUACAAGUUUAAAAGGUUUGUAUAGUCAAAAAUAGUAUAGAAAAUAGUCAAAAUCCAUGAGGUCUAUAGUGUAUCACACCCUAUACACACAUGCCAUGUGUCAUAGUAGCAAGGCUUUAAUUGGGCAACAACAUCAAAGAAUUUGCAAGACAAAAAUUUUAAAUUCAUACACAUCCAUUUUAAGUUCUCCGCAAACAUAACAUUAGCACCUAGCAUUAAAUUGCUUUUUUUCGCAAAAAUAACAUUGAACUAUAUAGCAGAUUUUUAUUACAAAACGUUUUUGUUUUAACAAACGCAGUUUACCCUGAAUUUUUUUUUUGGUAAAACAAAAGUCAUGUUUUUGUAGAACUUUUGGAAAUGAACCAACAUUAAUCAAUAUAUUAAAUAUAUUAAACCACGCCUAAGCAAUUUGUUCAAUUUUCCUGUCAUUGUUGAAGUCCACAGUACCAAUCGGCACAGUACUAUUUAAUGACAAUAAUUUUUAUUUUGCUUUGUCUAAGCAUAAACUAAAAUCUAAAUUGUUUAAUUUUUGUAAAAUUCCAUUAAAUUUUCAUUUUGGCAACUUUAUGCAUUCAACCGUUUCUCAAAACCUGUUGUCAUAAUAGUAAUUUCGAUGGACAUUAUUAAGCUAUUGUUUAUGUCAUGUACUAAUAAGACUAAUUCCAAUAUUGUCUGAUAGGGUUAUGGUUAUUUGGUAUAAAACAACGUUGUGUUAUAUUUGUGUGUACUGCUAGUUGCAUGGUGUUUCAAGAAAAUAUUAACCUAGAUGUUUUCUUCACCUUUUAACAGAGAUUUUCAUUUCAGUGUUGAAAAAUAACUUAUCAGCACUAAUACAAAUACUUUUUAUGAUUAUUAUAAUCGUUAUUUAUUUAACAGGUUAAGAUGUAAUUUGUAAAACAUAUUCCAAACUUUGAUAUUGUAUUUUAGUGUAAUUUAGGUUAGGAGAAUCAGCAGAUGUGAUUGGUCCAUAGAGAGAAUCACCUAAUGUGAUUGGUCAGCUAAUUUGAGUGACAAAUAAGCAAAUAACUACAUGCAAUCAAUGGGGUUCCAGUUCAAAAACCCAUUUUUAAUGAAAAAUCUUUACUUAGGGCUUCUAAUAAAAUUCGGUCUCCACCCCAACAAAGACAUGCAUCAGCUAAACAACAAGCCACAAGAUCAGCUGUUAUUAUGCCAAGAGCUCAGACCUCAAGGAAAAGACCUCUUACUUCCAGAGAAAGGUUAAACCCAUUAAAAGAAAGUCCGUAUACGGUAAAAAAGAAUAAUUUUAUGAAACAGAGGCCAACCACGUCAAAAGAAAAACAAUCUCAAAUCAAAAAUGUGGCUAAGGAAGCAAGACCUGUUACAUUAAGACCUGUAACAUCAAAACCAAGGGCAUUUACUGCAAGACAAAGACCAUUAACCACUAACGCCCAACAUCAGUUUGGUCAAAACAGUGCAAGGAUGAACAGAUCUAGACCACACACUUCAAAGGAGUUUCCAAAAAAUGAUUUAGAGAAGAAUCAACGAUUAAAAGUAUUGGCAUUCAAGCCAAAACUCUCUGAAUACAGUAGAGAAAAUAUGAACAAACACUUUGAGAGGCAUCAAUAUUACAGAAAUCAUAUUCUUAAUCGGAAUAAAAUAGUUCAAAGACCAUUGACUCCUUCUGAAAGUGAUUCAGAUACCUAUUCGGAGUUUUUUGAGAGUUCAUCAGAAAAUGGAUCAUCCAAUGUUCCUUCACCAGCUCCUUCUCCAACACCUUCUCCUCCUGCAGAAGAAGAAAGACAAAUGACUCCAUUAUUUAUGGAAGAGAAUAAGAAAGUUGAAGAAUCACGUACACCUACUCCUGUGAGAAUACUUAACAAAGAACUGCCUCCAUUAGAGGAUUAUAUUCCCCCUUCUCAUAUUUACAAAGUUGCGAAAAAUGCAAGUGACAGUAGUGACACAGGUGAUGAAGAACCUGUUUGUAUACUUAAGGACGGAAAACCUGGAAGGUAUAAAAAGAAAAAUGGCAAAUACGUGCUAGUUGAUGAAGAAAAGCAAAAGGAAAGACUUAGGAAAAAGGCAGCUAAACUUAAAAUGGAAGCUAAACUUAAUAAUGAUAAUGUGGAUAAUCAGGAUUUGGAAAAUGAAAUUACUUAUCGUGAGGUUCGGUAUAUUGACUAUCAGAAUGCUGAAAGUUCUGAUGAUGAAAAUAAUAACCCCAAUGAAGAAAAGUUGUUUAUUGUCAAUGACUUAGAAAAAAAAGCUCGAGAGAAAAAAGAACAAGAUAGUACUAGUGAAGUUAAAGAGGUUGAAGAGAAAACAAUUCGUAAGAUAUAUUACAAAAUGGGUGAAGGUGAUACAGAAAGUGAGGGACAAGAAAUGGACACUAAAGCAGAUAGUGAAUCGGACAAAGAUGAAAUGAAAGAUCCUGUGGAAAAAUUCAAGGAAAAGUUUUCUAACUUAAGAAAAGAUACUCCAGAAGAUUUUGAUGCUAAAAAGCACUAUGAUUCUGGAUCUGACUUAGAUGAAUUUGGUAGACGUAGGGACCGUGCACGGCCAUCUUCUUCAAUGUACGAUUAUUUACCCCCUCUCCGUCCAGACCCAGUUAUAGAUGGAGGAGAUGUUAACCGCUGCAAAAUAAGGUUGUUACGAGAUGCAGUGAACAUCAAGGAAUCACUUUCCAAUAAUGAAAGUGUUUGUCUUGAAACAGCUGUUAAUAUUAUCAUCUCAUACAAUUGUGACAAUCGUAGAUGGCUUCGAAAAAUAUACAGAGAUGAAUACCUACAGAGUUUACUUUUGGAUUUGCGUAAAACUCUUCCGGCUGAUAUUGCUAGUGUUAUAUCAUACAUGAUGAUUCCAAUAUGUGAAUUUGAUGCUAUGUGUUUGUGGGAUGCAUUAAAGGGGCUGCAUAAAGAUCCAGAAGUGCUGUGUGAAAUACUAUGUACAAGAAAUAACGAGGAAUUAGCUGCUAUAAGGGAAGCUUAUUACUUACGUUACAAUGAGGAGUUAAUCGACCACAUUGAAGAUGAAACAAUUGGUAUUUUUCAAAGAAUAUUAAUGAAAUUAGCCACAGGUCAGCGAUUGGAAGAUGCAGCAUUUUCAAAAGCAGAAGCAGCUAAAGAAGCCAGAGCCAUCUCUGCAUUGCUAGAAGUGAAGGGAGAAAACCUUCAUAAGAAGCUCAUUGAGAUUUUUACUAAAUGGCCAGUUGAAUCAUUGAGACUUGUCUUGACAGAAUAUAGCAAGUUCAAAGGAUAUGAUAUGGAUGUCGACAUUGUAAAAGUUUUACAAGGAAAUUUUUCUCGAUGCAUUAUUACACUUAUGCAUUACAUUCAAAAUCCGCCUAACUAUUUCGUGCAGAAGCUUCAUAACACUCAUUUCAAAGGUGUUGAUGACGAUAAAAGUUUAUGUCGUAUUUUAAUCAGUAGGUCUGAGUCUGAUGUUGAGAUGAUCAAGCAGUUGUUUUUACUUCGUUAUGAUAUGGAGCUUUUUGAUUACAUAGCACAGAUCUGUCAUAGUCCUCUAAAAGGCCUAGUACUGAGGUUGAUUUCAGGUAAUACUGUGAAUGGGGAGGUAAACGGGGUGAUGUUGCCUCCCCUUUUCCCUGCUGAUGAUGACUUCAAUCUUAUUGAACGACUAACUUUACCAGGAGCUGUUCAAACGGUGUUAAGGAAAACCAAAAUUGUUUCGAAAUUUGUAAAGCUGCUUUUCAUGCGAAGAGAGAGAGUGCGUCAAGGUAGCGAGUCAAGCGAUGACUCACCAGAAGAGUUUGAAUUAGACGCCGAGCAAGGUGAAGAAGAAGAUGAGGACGAAGAUAACGCACCAGCCGUCCUUGACAGUGAAGAAGAAGCAGAAAUCGCAGCAAAAGAAGCCCAAAGAGAAUUGCGUAAUGGGUUGAAAAAUAUAUCUUUUGCAGAGAAUGUAGAAGUUGCUGCGGAGGGUGAAUUUAGGUCUGUUUUUCAAGAUGUGUCAUUCGCUGCUGCUUCCAGAGGUAUUUUGAAGAACACCGACGCAGAGAGUGAAGAUGAAGAUGAAAAACAAGAGCAAGCGUUGGAUUUAGAUGAUGAAUUAGGCCAACAAAAUCAAAAUGGACCAAAAAUGACCCAAUUAAACGGGCCGGUACUUGAUCCUACGUUUACUGGUCGUGGUGAGAAUAAAUUCUCUGCUCGGCUAAAAAUUGGAAAGAAAAGCAAAAAGAAGUUCUUUCAUGGUACUGUUAAAGGAAUUCCAAUGACUUCUUUCAACGCUCUGAAAGAUGCGCAAGCGAUUGGAAAAGCUAUGUUGCAGAAAAAUCGUAAUGUUGAAGGCAUUCUUCAGUUUAUGGCGACACGUAACAACGCUCAAAGACAGCUUAUUAUUCGAGAAUUUUUCAGACGUUACAGAAGAGAUUUAGUGGAUGAUUUAAGGACGCUCGCCCCUCUGCAUGAAGAAGUAACGCUUUCGCUUUUGUUGUCAAGGGAAAUAUACGACUCCGCAUCUCUUUACGCAGCAGUCAGUAACGCCGACCCACAGCAUACGAUUGAUGUAUUUAUUGAGAUUUUGUGCUCGCGCCAAAAUGACGAAAUAGCAAUAAUAAAGAGAGCGUUCAAUGGAAUUUUUAGUAUGGAUCUGCAUGAGGAAAUUGCAAAGAUUACAUAUGGUCCUUUUCGUACUUUGUUGUGUGCCAUUGCUGAUUGUGAAAGAGAUGAAGGGGACAUUCUUGAUGAAAACUUAGCGAAGAAAGAUGCACAAGCAUUAUACGAGGCGGUGAUAAAGAAACGAAAUAUUCGAGACUUUAACACGUUCAUUGAAAUAUUUGGCACGCGUACAUUUCCACACAUUGAAGCUGUUUGUGAUAACUUUGCUAAGAUAUCACAAGUGGAUAUAUUAGAAAUAUUGGACGAAACGUUGGAAAGAGAAUUUUUAGAAGGAGUAACAGCAAUUAUAUGCAACGUACGUGAUGCAUCGAUGUAUUUCUGCGAAAGAAUAUAUCGUUCAGUAUGUUACGAAGAGCCAGAUUACAGCAUGCUUAUUCGAUGCAUCAUAUCGCGAGCUGAAAUUGACCUGCAGCUUAUCAAGUCGACAUUUCGCCAAACUUACGGUCGAACGGUUUAUAAUUUAAUCGAUAAAGAUUGUGAAUUCAAAUCGAAGAAGAUACUGCUUAAUGUCGUAAAGAAAUGAUUUGUUGGACUUUUUAAUAGUUUGUUGUUAUUUAAAACCUUAAAAAGAAAAAAGUAGUUUUGUUGCAACGAUUUCAUUGAACUAAAACUUCUGCUGAAAAUAUAUUUUUUGAAAAACUUGCAUGGAGUGCCUUUUUAUGGCCAUAGACAUUUUCACAAAUAGGUAAACUACACAUUGUAAAGAAUAGCGAAAACUAACAAACUACAAGCCUCUUCUUAAAUCAACAAGAAUAUAAGUUUAUAUGAAUUAUACCGUUCUCAAAUCUGUAAAGUGUUACAUUGUAUUAUCAUUUUUGUGAAAUAUGUAG